AUGGCGACGCCGACGACGCCACCGCGCGUGGUCGGGGCGAACGGGCGCGCCGCGAUCGCGGCCGCGCUCGCGCUCGCGCUCUCGGCGCGGCUGGCGUGGCAGAAGUGGGAACACGAUGCGAUGGUGAUGACGCUGCGGGAGGAGCUGGCGCGCGAGCGCGAGGCGCGAACGGCGUGCGAGGGACGCGGGUGGUUCGCCCGGCGCGAGGCGCGGGGCGCGGGCGCGGCGCGAGGGCGCGGGGGGGGGGGAGGGCGAGGGAGUGGGAUGUAUUGA